GCGGCGGCCGGAGCGCUGCGAGGCGGGGAGAUGUCCGCCCCGUACGGCUGCCUGAUGCGGUACCUGUUCCCAGCCCUGCUGCUGCACGGGCUGGGAGAAGGUUCUGCUCUUCUUCACCCAGACAGCAGGUCCCACCCUCGGUCCUUGGAGAAGAGUGCGUGGAGGGCUUUCAAGGAGUCACAGUGUCAUCACAUGCUGAAACACCUUCACAAUGGAGCUCGGAUCACUGUGCAGAUGCCUCCCAAUAUUGAGGGCCACUGGGUCUCUACUGGCUGCGAAGUUAGAGCAGGCCCAGAGUUCAUCACAAGAUCUUACAGGUUCUACCACAACAAUACUUUCAAGGCCUACCAGUUCUAUUAUGGUGGCAAUCGCUGCACAAACCCCAUCUACACGUUAGUUAUACGUGGCAAAAUACGCCUCCGGCAGGCGUCCUGGAUCAUCCGAGGGGGCACUGAAGCUGACUAUCAGCUACGCAACAUACAGAUCAUAUGCCACAACGAAGCAGUAGCCAAAAGAUUAAGCGAGUUGGUGAACCACACGUGUCCUGGAUUUAUCCCAGAAGACAGCCCCUGGGAGCAGGAUGUGAGUUACGAUUUGCUGAGAGAAGAGAAUGGCUGUGAAUGCACCAAAGCUCUGAAUUUUGCCAUGCACGAACUCCAGCUGAUCCGUGUGGAGAAGCAGUACCUGCACCACAAUUUAGACCACCUUGUGGAGGAGCUAUUCCUUGGAGACAUUCACACUGAUGCUGCUCAGAGGAGGUACUAUCGGCCCUCUAGUUAUCAACCUCCCCUUCAAAAUGCCAAGAACCACGACCGCACGUGCAUCGCGUGCAGAAUCAUCUACCGGUCGGACGAGCACCACCCUCCCAUCUUGCCCCCCAAGGCGGAUCUGACCAUAGGGCUGCACGGGGAGUGGGUGAGCCAGCGCUGCGAGGUGCGACCAGAGGUUCUCUUCCUUACUCGGCACUUCAUCUUCCAUGACAACAACAACACCUGGGAGGGUCACUACUACCACUACUCUGACCCCAUCUGCAAGCACCCCACCUUCACCAUCUACGCCAAGGGACGCUACAGCCGGGGAGUCCACUCCUCCAAAGUGAUGGGUGGCACAGAGUUUGUGUUUAAAGUGAAUCACAUGAAGGUCACUCCGAUGGAUAUAUCCACAGCCUCGCUGCUCAAUGUCUUCAACGGGAAUGAGUGCGGAGCACAGGGAUCCUGGCAAGUUGGGGUACAGCAAGAUGUCACCCACACGAACGGCUGCAUUGCGCUUGGCAUCCGCCUACCUCACACCGAGUACGAAAUCUUCAAAAUGGAGCAGGAUGCCCGAGGCAGGUACUUGCUGUACAACGGGCAGAGGCCGAGCGACGGGUCCAGCCCCGACCGACCGGAGAAGAGAGCCACUUCCUACCAGACGCCUCUGAUUCAGUGCGCCUCAUCAGUACCCAGGUCUGAAGAGUCACCAGAGGAGAAUAAAAUAAGGCUGUAUAGCAGCAGGGCACCGGAAAAAUAUCCCAGUGCCCCAGCUCUUGCUUUGUUGUUUAUUUGUACUGUGUCAUACUGGGACAUUCUCAGCUAGAAGUGAAAACAACUUAUUUUUCGUGACUACAAAGCCAGGAUUCCACCAGACUGGGGGCUGUUUUUCUUCCAAAAGAAAGGGACAUUUAUUUUCUUGAUGCACUUGAAUGCCUGAGAACUGUUGUUCUUUUCCUUACUUCCCCCUUCCUCCUUGAAUCCCGAACGGCACUCGUUUGAUGUUUGUGCUUUGAACUUCAUCCAGUCUGAUCCCUGGCCUGACAUGACUGCACAAAAGUAAUUGCACUUUAGGACUGCAGACUUCUGGGGGGAGGGAGGGGGUCUCCUUUUAUUUUAUUUUUCUUUUAACUGCUGGGAUGAACAUUUACGAUCCUGCUUUAGUUGUCUCUGCCAUCCUGCCAUUGUGGUGCUCUUCUCCCCAACGCCUGGGUUCUCAUCAGAAUGUAGCUCUGGGGAAGGGUUCGGUGUUGUGCCAGUACUGUGAUAGCAGCUUCCCCCUCUGACUUCACAGCUCUGAUGUAGAUAUGUAUAUAAGGAGGAAACCCACAAAGAUUUAUCUUGCCAUUAUCUCACAGCUCAUAAUACAAAAAGAAUCAGCAGAUCAACAGCCCUCUGUUCCAAAAGUGCUAAAUGGUUAACACCUCUAAUUAAAAAAAGAAAAAAGAAUAUUCCAAGUAAUUUAA